AUGGCGGAUAAACAAAAUGAACUCGAACAACUGCUAGUCAAUGAACAACAGGCAAAAUUGGAACAGAAGGAAAGAGAAAAAAUCGAAAAGGAAAAACAGGAGGAAUUGGACCCCUGUACCGUAUUCAAUCCUGUUAACAAAGGUUUUAUCAACUUACAAAGCUUAUCGUCGUUGGGCAACGAAGGAAAGCCACUUGCAUGGAAUACCAGAGGAUGGGACAGUGGUAAAAACUAUACUAUUGGUAUCUGCUCCAAUCCUUUCAAAAAGAUGCACAGCGACGAAGAGAUUCAGGAUAUUGGCUCUGUAAAUGCUACCAAUAUUGGUGCUUUCUAUAUCGACUCUAAGACUAAUAAGUUUGUCUCAAUGGGAGAAUACUCUACGACACCUAAGUUCAGAGGACGAAAAUUGACGCUAACAUAUGAAAACGGAGCUUAUUGUGACAACUUGAUUGACGGUACAUCUGGCCAAAGAUUGCGUAAGUCAACUAUAAUCACAUUUACUUGUGAUAGAGAGUUAAUGACUAAAGCCCAGAUCUCGUUUGUUGGUUCUCCAAACGAUUGUAACUAUCUUUUUGAAGUGAGAUCACAUCAUGCAUGUCCUACUGCGGCUAAGGAGAACAAUAUGGCAGCUAUCUGGAUCUUUUUAUUCAUCCUCUUGGCUGCAUUGUUCGUGUACUUCUCAGGUGGGUUAUUGUACAGACAGAUGAAGCAAGUUAAGCAGACACCCAAGGGUCUUUGA